CCCAUCCCAUCGACGAAACAGCAGCGGCAGCGACCCCCGUCAUUCGGGGGCUAUGUCAUUGCUUCCACUACUGCUACGACUGCCAGCGUCAGCCGGCAGCGGCAGCAGCAGCAGCAUCAUCAGCACCACCAUCAUCAUCAUCACCACACGGCUGUGUGUGGUGGCGAGAGGCUGAAGAGCUGCGAGAGAAGAAGACGCGCGCUCACAUGAGCGCAGUGGGCAGGCGCGCAUUGCGCUACGCAGCCGCUCGCUACCACCGCCGCCAGCAGCAGCAGCAACGCCGCCACUACUAGACCCCAGGCAACGCCGGCACCACCAGCAGCAGCACCAGCAGCAGCAGCAGCAAGUGUUGAGGCUAGCACCCCUGGUCGGAUCGGUCGCUUCAUUUUGAUAGCUUCGCCUAUACAGCGAACGCAGUCGUGGUGGUGGUGGGGGGGGGGGGGUUGCUUUGAGUGGCGUGCGUGUCUAUUUGUUAAUUCCUUUAGAAUUGUGGUUUCGUUCUGGAUUCAUUGACGUUUGUAGUAUUACGUCGUAGUGGUUUUUUUGUAUCUCUCUCUCGCUUGUUAUACUUAUCCGGCUUUGGAAAGAAAGAAAAUAACAAAAAAAUCCACGUUUCUUUAAAUUGGGGGUUUCGUAUUUGCAUCCCGUAUAACCGCUUGGAUUAAGCCACAAUAGUCAUCAUCAUCAGCAUCAUCAUCAUCAACGUCACGCGCACACGGCGUCCGCGCGACACAAAUUGCCGUGCAUUAGCGCUGGGGCUACAUUAGUCGACAGCAACAGCGAGACUCGGAACACGGAACGGCGAUGGCCACGCUGACGUGCCGAGUCCAGUUUCUGGACGACACGGACCCGUUCUCCAGCACCAACUUCCCCGAGCCGACGCGACCGCCUACCUACACAUUUCUGGAGGACACCCCACUCAUCGAGCAGAUCUCUGGAGUUCACCGUCUGCUCAAAGCCCCCCACAAGCUGGAUGACUGUGCCCUGCAGCUUUCGCACAAUGGCACAUACCUGGAUCUGGAUUCCACGCUGGGCGAGCAGCGCGACGAACUGGAGGGCUUCUUUGAGGACAGCGGGAGAUCCAAGAAACAAAGUAUCGUUUUGAGAACCCAGCUCUCGGUGCGGGUGAAUGCAUGCAUCGAAAAGCUGAACAAUUCUACAGGCCGGGAACUCAGGAGAGCCCUUUUCUCCUUAAAGCAAAUUUUCCAGGAUGACAAGGACCUGGUUCACGAGUUUGUCAAUGCAGAGGGGUUAACGUGCCUCAUCCGUGUGGGCGAUGAUGCUGACCAGAACUACCAGAACUACAUACUCCGAGCUCUGGGCCAGAUAAUGCUGUAUGUGGACGGCAUGAACGGCGUGAUCGCCCACAACGACACUGUGCAGUGGCUCUAUUCUCUCAUCGCUUCAAAGUUCCGACUUGUAGUGAAGACGGCCCUCAAGCUCCUCGUGGUGUUUGUGGAGUACACCGAGUCGAAUGCGCCUCUGUUCAUCAAGGCCGUAAACACAACGGACAGAAAAUCAGGAGUUAAGCCAUGGUCCAACAUUCUGGCCAUCCUGGAUGAGAAGGAUGGCAUUGACACAGAAUUGCUGGUUUUUGCCAUGACGCUUCUGAACAAGACCCUGGCAGCCCUUCCAGACCAGGACACGUUCUACGACGUGACGGAUUGCCUCGAAGAACAAGGAAUGGAAGCCAUCGCGCAGAGGCACCUGGCAAAACGUGGUGGCGACCGGGACCUGGCGGAGCAGUUCAACAUCUACGAGGUGGCCCUGCGUCUGGAGGACGGGGACGCCGAAUCCGGAGCGGGCACGCCGGCGAGCUGCCGCAAGGAGCGCCGCCGCACGUCGCUCACGGGCGCCGUCUCCGCCGCCGCCUCCGCCUCCUCCUCCUCCGCCGGCGCCGGCGGCGGAGAGAAGCGCGGCCUGGAGCGUCGUCGCAGCCGGCGCCACAACUCGGCGGGCAGGGGCCGCUCGCCGACGUCGCCGGUCGCCCCCUCGGCGCUCCUGCCCAGCCCGUCGAGCGCCGUGGCCGGCGACUCGGCGUUCGAGAACGGAGCGGCGCGGAGCGCGCCGCCCUCGCCCGCACUCUCCUCGCAGUCGUCGCGCAGCAGCCAGAGCACGGCCAACGGCCGGGACGACGGGGACGUCAGAGAGGGUCGGGAUGAGGAAGAGCCAAUCACAGAACCUGAUACUGAUGAUGAAUGUGGUGCUGGUGCUGAGCCGACCAAUGAGAGUCUUGCGGUUUGCUCUGAGACGAAUGACCGCUGCUUCCAAGCGGACGCUAAAUCAUCCCCUGGCUCUGCUCUGGCCAAGUCGCUGCCCCUCGUGCAAAAUGCCUCCUCCUCCUCCUGCAUGCCCGCUCCGGCGCAGCGCCUCCCGGUGUCGCCAUCUCCGUUACCGCCUUCCUCUACGCCGCCUUCUCCAUCGCCGCCGCCGGCGGCCGCGUUGCCGGCGCCCGCAGCGACGCUCCGGUCGCGGGCCGCGACCCCGGCACGCCACGCUGCUAACGUCUCGCCUGCCGCCCUGCCCGUUAGGCUGCCGUACGUGCCCAAGUCUCCCUUCCACCUCUUCAGCUAUGAGCCCAUGGACAAGCCGGCCUCCAUGCGCGAGCGUCAGGACGAGGCAGCAGCUGCGGCGACGGCGGCAGGGACUCCGGCGGCGGCCAGCUCCGCGGCCUCUGAGAGCGGCUCACGACUCUUGGAGCCAUCACAUGAUUCUUUCGCUUCCAAACCUCUUCGCUUCGCAGCUAGUUUCACGUUCACUCCCAACCGGUAUUCCGCGGGGGUCAACUACAACGGCAACGUCUACGGCACGCCGGGUGCUCGCUCUUACGGGAGCCCUUCUUCCCCGGCCAGCCAGGCAGCCGGCAGCCCAUACAGCCAGAAUCACAGCAGUGAGGCGGCAGACGGCAAGAAUAGCAACAAAGCCAUGGACAGUGCCAGGGCUGCAGCUGGGCUGCUCUCGUCCUCGUACAAGCAGCACCAGGAGUCCCUGGCGGCCGAGCGCGAGCGACGCCGGCGCGAGAGGGACGAGCGGCUGCAGCGCAUCGAGCGCGAGGAGCGCAACAAAUACAAUAGUCGCGAGUACAUGGAGGAGAGGGAGAGGCUGAGGAGAGAGAAAGAAGAGAGGAACCGCUACCUGGAGAGAAUUGCAGCCGAGGAGCGAGAGAAGGAGCUGCGUAACAGAACCAAAGUCAGGAUGGAGCUCAACCUCACUUUGCAAUCACCCUCAACCAACGCUAGCCCCGUGACCCUCGUAUCACAGCCUCCAGGGACACCAUCAGCCUGUCCCUCUCCGACACCCGUCCGUUCAGCUGAGUCACCCCGCCUGCUAUCGUACUCCCCAUCGCCGACUCGUUCACAAUCACCAGCCCUUGCACCGUCACCCGCGCCAUCACCUGCUCCAUCACCUGCCCCAUCACCCGCCCCAUCACCCGCCCCAUCACCCGCCCCAUCGCUCGCCCCGUCGCUCGCCCCAUCGCCGUCGCCUGCGACGUGUUCAUCUCCCGCGCCACUAGCGUCGCCCGCGCGCUUCGCUUCACCAGCGCCGUCACCGUCAACCUCUCGGCCUGCGACGCCCGCCGGCAUUCCUGCGCCACCCCCCCCUGCUCGUGUCCCGAGCACCCCCAGCUCGUCGCUGCGGCUCGCAGACGCCAGGGAGACUCCAGAGGAAGCGGCAGAGGAGACUGCAGAAGAGCCUGCGGCGGAGGAGGUGGCUCCCCUGAGCGCGAAGGAGCGGGAGAAUGAGGCCGUGAACGAGAAGGAAAACUGCUCGGCCUCCAGUAGUUCAUCAGCCAGCAGCACCCUUGAACGCGAUCGCGCUGAUGAGGAGCCAGAGAAGAGACCGCAGGAGAAAGCCAUCGAGGAGGAGAGCGGCGAGGCGACCGAUCAGAUGCCCGUGCAGAGCCUGACCAAUGGCACCAAUUCCGAACCUGUUGGACUCGGAGAGAAGACGGAAGAUACGAGCAAGAAUGAGCCAGAUGGCCUGGCGGAGGGCAUUCUGGCUCGGGUGUCAUCGCCUACGAUCCCCGAGGGAGGCGCUCGCCGGGAAAUCGCUCCGGCACGUGACGCGACCGCCGUAUCUCCCGACAAGCCGAGUGGCCCGCGGACAUUUGCGGAGCGCUUCAGCCGUGUCGCCUCUUCCGAGCAGGACGAGGAGGGCGAGAAGGAGAUGCCCCCCGUUCCUCCGCCACCCCCCCGCAAGGAAUCGGAUCAGCUGUGGGAGCAGAUGCUGGCCAAGACACACGAGCUUCGCAUCAAAGACAUGGACUUCACGGACCUGAACGAGGAGGAUGACGUGGACAUGCUGGACUUUGACAACUUGCUGUUACGCUCGGGCGACUCCGUGUCGCUCCCACCACCGCCGCCCAUCUUCCCGUCCAUGGCCUCUGUGCUCUUCUCGCCGCCGCCACCUCCGGGCUGCCCUCCUACCAUGCCACCAUCGUCGGCGUUGACGGGCCUCAUCCUCCCUCCGCCCCCUCUGUUCGCCUCGCCGGCCCACCAGGCUCGCGAGGGCACUCCCGGGGGGCCCGGCUCGCCGGCUCUCGCCCACUCCCUCAAGAAGAAGAAGACCGUGAGGCUCUUCUGGAGCGAGGUGCGGCACACGGAGUGGCAGCACCGCAACCACCGCUACGGCAAGAGCUCGCUGUGGGCCUCGCUCGACCCCGUGGAGGUCGACACCAACAAGCUGGAGAUCCUCUUCGAGUCCAAGUCGAAGGAGCUGCCCGUCACGAAAAGGAGCACGACGGAUGGGAAGCGACAGGAGCUCAUCGUGCUGGACUCGAAGCGGAGUAACGCCAUCAACAUUGGCCUCACCGUCCUUCCACCACCGCGCACAAUCAAAACCGCCAUCCUCAACUUUGACGAAUACGCCCUCAACAAGGAGGGCAUCGAAAAACUGCUCACCAUGAUCCCCACGGAGGAGGAGAAGCAGAAGAUCACGGAGGCGCAGCUCGUGAACCCCGACGUGCCCCUCGGCUCUGCGGAGCAGUUCCUGCUCACGCUGUCGUCCAUCAGCGAGCUCUCCGCUCGCCUCCAGCUCUGGGCCUUCAAGCUCGACUACGAGACGAUGGAGAAGGAAGUGGCUGAGCCCCUUCAGGACAUCAAGGAGGGGAUGGACCAGGUGGAGAAGAAUCGCACCCUGAGAUGCAUCCUCACCACCCUGUUGGCUGUGGGGAACUUCCUCAACGGCACAAACGCUAAAGGCUUCGAGCUGUACUACUUGGAGAAGGUGCCCGAGGUGAAGGACACGGUGCACAAGCAGUCUCUGCUACACCACGUGUGCAACAUGGUCGUGGAGAAGUUCCCGGACACGACGGACCUGUACUCGGAGAUCGGCGCCAUCACACGCUCCGCCAAGGUGGACUUUGAUCAGGUUCAGGAGAACUUGAACCAGAUGGAGCGGAGGUGCCGGGCCUGCUGGGACCACCUGAAGGCCAUCGCCAAGCACGAAACCAAGCCGGUGCUCAAAACCAAAAUGUCCGAGUUCCUCCGAGACUGCGCCGAGCGAAUAAUCAUCCUCAAGAUCGUGCAUCGGAGAAUCGUCAACAGGUUCCACGCGUUCAUGCUGUUCAUCGGACACGCGCCCUACUCCAUCCGGGACGUGAGCAUCACGCGCUUCUGCCGCAUCGUGAGCGAGUUCGCGCUGGAGUACCGCACGGCGCGCGAGCGCGUGCUGCAGCAGAGGCUCAAGCGGGCGACGCACCGCGAGCGCAACAAGACUCGGGGGAAGAUGAUCACCGACACCGACGAUGAAGAGGCGGCGGAGAGCGGGAAGUUCUCGGGCGGCAGUGCCCAGUCGCCGCUGGCGGCGUCGGCGUCGGUGCCGGCCGUGCGGAGGCAGCUGGCGGCCGAAGACGACGCGGAACACGAGAACAUGAAGGCCGUCCUGCGCACGUCCGUGCACGCGAGCGGCGGGCUGCACUCGUCCGUGCCCGGGAUUCGUACGCGCGCGCGCACCCGCGCAAGCCGCGGCCGGGUGAGCACGGGGAGCGCUCCGGUGUUCGACGACUCCCCCAAUGCGACGGACGACGCCACCGAUGAGAUCAUGGACCGCAUCGUCAAGUCGGCCACGCAGGCCCCGUGCCAGCGAGCAGCGACCCGCGAGCGACGCCGCUCUCGAGCGAACCGCAAAUCCCUCCGCCGAACCCUGAAGAGUGGGUUAACCCCGGAGGAGGCCCAAGCCCUGGGGUUAAUGGGCACCGCGGAGUUGCAAGUGUAGGGAGAUGUUCUGCACACAAUGUCCCUCCUCCUUUCUAGACCCAGCCCCAGCCACAGAUACUUGAGAGAUCCACUGUGGCACAAAUGUGAACUGUAGACUUUUACUUGUUAAAAUGAGCACAAAAAUUAAUGUUUAAUUGUGGCCAUCUCAACGAUGUCAUGCUGUAUUGGACAAACGUUGCACACACACACAUGUUAUUACCAAAGGCUAAAAAGGUGCAUAGUGUAAUGGAACACAAUUACGCUUUCAUUCAAACUAAUAAGACAUUGUGCCUUUAGGAAACCAAAACAGUCGGAUAGACUUAAACAAACAUUUUACGCAGUCACCAAUAAGUCUCGGUCUUGGUACUUGGGUUACUUUUUUAACCACUAAACAAAUACAGCCACCUGGGAAAAAAUGUACUGUCCCACUAAACAUAGCCACUCAUAUAGCCUUUGCCGUGAAAACACUGACUUUUACGUAACAAUAUGAACAAAAUAUUUUAGACUCUUUCAAACUAGUUCCCUGAAAAAUAUUUUUUUCUAAUGAGCAUUAUUUUAUUUUUACUAAACCUACUUUUAUAAGUAGCAAUUUUGUUUCUAAAUUCGUUUUUUUUCUUUCUGUAAUACGCUGCCAUUUUAUUUUAAAUGACAGCACUUGUAUAACUAUUUUGGUGCCCUGAAUGGUCACACGUGUUUUAUUAUUAUUAUGAUUGAAACGUGUUAAAGAAGCAUGUAUGAAUCCAAGAAAAUUACUUUCCAAAGGUCUCUUCGAGCAUUCUAGUGUGAAUGUGUGUGUUUAAGCUCAGAUUACACAAUGCUUAAAAAAAUGAACCGCUGACAAGCAAAAAUAAGUAAGAUAUGUUGUUUUAGGUCAAUAUUGAUGGAUUUGUAUGCAGUAACUUUAUUUCCUUUUUUUCCCCUUCUGUUUAACUUUCUUUUGCGUUUUGUUCCCUUGUUCAAACUUGUUAUUUUGAAAAAUGCACUUUGUGAAACCAAAUGGAACACUUUACGUUGGUAACAGAACAUGUUAAUCAUAGUCACAUGUUUAAGUUUGCCUACUUGCUGACUCUCACAAACCACAUUCAGCAUAUUUCUUACUUUGCUUUUAUCAAAGUUUUACAUAUUUCACAACGAUUUCAGGGUAUUUGCUUGCAUUACAUAUUAAUCAGAUUGUAUUCCCCCGUAGUGAGAUUUACCGUUGCUGUGUGGGUUAAACUAAAUGUAUUUGCCAUUGCUUGUUAAUAGUUAAGUACAACUCUGUGGGUAUCCAGUGUGAACAUAGUUUGAGACUAGUUAGUCUAAACAGACAUAUUUCAUGGCACCAUUCAUAGCAAACCAGCGUCAAAACCACGCCACUUUAACAAAAACAGAUUCAUACUUUCAACAUUUCAGUCCACAGGAAAACAGUCAUACAUCUUGAAUUUUGUACUUUUUUUCUUGUUUUUUUGCAUUACAUCUAAGUCAUCAUUUUGCAAACUCAUAAGAUACAUCGUUGGGAUAUUUUCAUAAAGUACUUUAGGCGUUCAGCACCUUGUGUUUUGCGUAGUGGUUUUAAAAAACACUCAGCAGCCCAAGAUGUAGACGGACGAAUGCUGUUUAGGGUUGAAUGUGUGUUGAUUCUGUUGAGUAGAGCUUUGUGUGACAGAAUGGUUGGAGAGUUUGAGACGGCGCUGUUUUACAGGGCGAAUGCUAAAAUGCUGACGUUUAAAGAAGAAAAAUGAAGAGACUAUUUUUCUAACAUUGCCCUAAAUGCUGUAAAAGUAAAAAAAAACCUUCAUAAAUAAUAUUGAUUGCAGCCAGUUUUGGGAAAGACAGUGAUCUGCAAAACAAUAAUAUUGUUUCCCUAUGUAAGGUGAUCUAAGUGGAGUCGUUUGUAGGAAAUGUGUAAUGUGUAUCUGUCAUUUGCAAAAGUCUGCCAUUGGCUAAGUAUUUAAUAUUAUGUUGUUUUGGUAAUGAAGUACUGUGUAACUAUGUACAAUCGACUACAACUUAGCACAUGGACUUUGAUUAACACUCUAUGAUGCAGUUUGUGUUCUCUUUGCUGUGGUUAUUUGCAAUGCAGUUUGAAUGGAGAAAUUGUUCCUUUGGAAAGGAAUGAGCAUGGGUUAGGACUUCAUACCAGAAAAAUUAAAACGAGAACUGCAUCAUUAUUGAAAAAAAACAAUUGUAAUGAUGCUAAAACAGUAAUUUUGGCGAUGUGAUAGGAUUUUGAAACUGCAUAAACAACCGAUUUUAUUUUUUGUGAUAUAGCAUUGCCAUGAGAAUAAGGGUUUGUGAAUGUGCUUUUAGAAGGGCAUAUAGGUUACAGGUACGGUGGUCAUAAAAUAUUCCAUCCAAGUUGUUUUUUUAGUUUUGAGUGAUUGCAUAACAGGCCCGAGAUCAGCGCCACGUGGCAAGUGAAACGUCCGUAUAUCUAAACAACAACAACAUUCAGCUCAUGCAUUAAAAACAAGAAAUUACAACACGUAUGGAAAAAAAACUGAGCAAACUCAUGCAAAGUGCUUGUCUGUGUCUUCUGAACUCUUUGGUGUACAUUGUAUACAUGUGUACAAUAGAGAUCACAGUUUUCAAAAAUGAAAACUAUGUGUGUACAGUUUGUGUGUGUGUAUAUGAUAUAUUGUCAAGCGAGAAUCACAUUUUAUUUGUAAGAUAAUAUCUUAUUUGAAUGAACUAGGCAACAGUAUUAGGUGCUAUUUCAGCAAUACCUAUGGUCCCCAAAGCCAUGAAAGUGUAAUUUGGGCAUCGAAAUUAGUUGAGUAAGCACUACAACUUUAUUGUUAUUUUUUUCUCUCCCAGAAAUGCUUACGAGGCAAAAAUGUAACCAACUUUUUUGUGAAAAGUUGAUAUUAAUUUAUUUUUUCUCUAACUUUUUACAAUUUCAAUUAACAUCCCUUUGCUAAACAAAACGUACUGGCACCCGUUUUAUGCGUUGUUGGAAUAUCCACUACAUAUUACAUUAAACCAUUAAAACUGUAACUACCAGAUAGUAAUAACUUUGGAAAUACAUUUGAAGGUAUUGUUCCUGUCCAAAUAAAAUAUCACGAUGAACUACAAAUUACUCCAAACUCAGCGUCUAUUUUGCAUGUAAGAUAUCUAAUGAAGCUUUUUA